CUUACAAAUGUGAGGGGAGUUGAGCAGAUAGAUAAAAUUGAUGUCUGAUUUUUUUUAAUAAAAAAAAAAUAUAUAUUUUAUAAUUUGUCGAUUUAAAUUUCACUUAUACACUGGUAGAAAAUAAGAAUUAGAGACAGUAUCGUUACACAUUUUAUUUGGGCAUGACUUCUAAAUGGUAAACGCAUUUACUUAAAUGCGGGACAGUUGUAUAAUCUGAUAGUGGAUUUUUUUCUCUCAUAACGCAUUGAAAGAUGUAUGAUACAGAAGAAAACGCGAAACUUUUAGAGGAGUUAAAUGGACAAAAAAUACGAGAAUAUGCUCCAGCUAUUGCGUAUUCAGCGUUCGUGAUGUUAGUUGGCAUUUCUGGAAAUUUGUUCUCAAUUGCGUACUAUGGAUUUAAAACUCAGAAAACUACUACAAAUAGCUUAAUAACAGCACUUGCAGUUACAGAUUUGAUAACAUGUGUUGUGUUCUGCGAUGAAAUAAUUGAAUUAUGUUUUACAAUCACUUUUGAGAACGUCAUUGGCUGCAAGAUUAUGUAUUUCACAAACCAUACCUUAGUGAUUGGAUCAGCUUUCAUUUUGAUUUUGAUCUGUGUUGACAGAUUUAGAAAAAUCUGUCGUCGGCAAUCGUGGCAGCUGACGUUAAAAUCAGCAAGGAUUGGCGUAGCUUUACUGCUAUUUCUAGCUGUUAUUUUAUCAGUGCGGGAUUUCGCUAUUUUAGAUGUUGUUCAAGUGAAUCUUACUCACACAAAGGAAAAUAAAACGAUACGAGGCUUUUACUGUACUCAUACAAGAGACGUACACAUGAAAACGGUCGUCACUGUAUUCCAAUUGAUUGAUUUGGCAACGUUUAUAAUUGUUAUAUCUACAACGGCUAUCUUAUAUACCUUUGUUGCAAGAGAAAUUUGGAUACAAAGAAAACUUAAGGAAAGUCACACUUACUUAUCCGACGUAAAAUGUAGUAUGUCUGAAUCUGAAUCUACUGGCAUAAGACGCGUUUAUAAUAGUUCGAUGGCCGAAACUGCUUCUUCCACAAUCCAAGAGGACACUGAUGACGUCAACAUUUCUACGUCUACUCCAAACAAUGACCCAGAGAAGAAAGUGCAAUUUUUCACGGUAGAGGGUGACCGCGACACCACACAUUCCCCUAACAAAGCAAACAAUGUUGGUAAAGAGCACGACGCUCAUACUAAGCGAAAACACGCCGAUGCGAUUGAAAGAAAGAUAGCGAUUAUGAUGAUUGUAUUGACAGUGGCGAGUAUUCUUUGCUUUGUGCCAUACUUCAUCGUGAACUUAGCUGUUAAAAGAAAUUCAAAUACACCCGAACAAGAAUUCAGUGUUGGUAUACAAAUAGCAUUACGGUCGUUCAUGCUUAAUAACGCAGUCAACCCAUACAUUUUGUGUUAUUUUAACACGCAAUUUAAAAAGUUUGUCAAGGACAGUAUUUGCAAAUGUCGGUUACGAAUGUAGCUUUGCUAUAUAUUGUUUAUCAGACGAUCAGGAAGUGUUUCAUAGUUUAUUUUAUUUGCAUAUCUGGAAAUGUUGUUUAUGAUAUCGUACCGAUAUUUUGAUAAAAAAAAUCUGUUUUCAAAAUCGACGUGUUUGAAUUUAUCAAAAGCUUCAGACAAGUAGACAGUCAGUAAAAACUGUCAUAACAUAUAAAUUAUACAUAAUUAUAAUAUAUAUGCAUGUAAUAUUUUUUUUAUAAUAAUAAAAAUGUUAAAGCAG